AUGUACCCUGCCGGCCAUGACCACGGCGGCGUCGUCCAGGGCAUACCCGUGGCCAUUGGCAAGGACCGAAGACCACGAUACUCAGAUGACACCGACACAUCCACGACCAGCAGCGGCGGCAGCCGGAGCGGAGGCAGCAGCCCCGAAAGCUACGAGAGAAAAUGGAGAUAA